AUGGUGCUCAUGGACCAAAGUCUAGACGACAUCAUCAAGCUGAACAAGCUCGAGGCAAAAAAGGUCACCCAGAAGCCAACCCUCAAGGCUCCCCUCAAGUCACCCAAACGGACCACCCUCUCAAAGUCAAAGUCGCCCUACGGACGGCCGGUGCACAAGGAGGCCCCACUGUUCUCAGAGACGUACAAGGCCUGGAACGCCCCCGUCGCUGCCAUUUUCACCUCAGGAUAUGUGCCCAAGACAGAGCCCAUCAAAUUAGUUGUCUACAAUGAUCGCACCUCAAAGUCAACAAGGAACGACAUCGGCGCAUCGACCUCCUUGAAUUAUGAACCAGGAACAAAAAGCGGGAUUCGACUUUCAACCUCACAUCGAACCUGGACGGACACGUAUAGACCCGCGGCUUCAAAGGCAGGAGGAAAGUCAUCGCAGGGCGACUUCUAUCGACCAGAGCCCUCCGGAUCUCGGCGUCAUGAGAGCAGGCAACGCUGGAAUAGCAGAGAUGCAGCUCGAUUGCCGUCGUCUUCUGCGAGUCUUGGAAACUGGGACGACAGGAGGAAAAGCAGCAGCACUAGGGAGUCGGCACCUGUCUCUGGGACGGGCAUUGAUGAUGUUCGGAAGUACAUCAACAAAAAGUCUCAAAGCAACGGUGGCAGCAGCAACAAAAACCACAACAAUAACCAUAAUGGCAAGGGCAAGGAUAUCCAUGGCAACAAUCGUAGAGGAUCGCGCUCGGUGGACAACAGCGCCCCAUUGUCAUCAAAGUCUGAGGAUGGAGAUAUGGACAUUGUGGAAAUUAAACAGGAAGAGGAAGAACAGUUUAUUUCGAUCAAGGGAGCUGCCCCGGUUGAGGUGGAUGCUGUGAACGGGCCUGUUACCAUUGAGAUUGAAAACCUGGAUCGUGGAACCACUGCAGAAGAUGUGAAGGUGGUUUGUUCAAGAUUUGGUGAGAUCAAGUCAUGCGUGUGCUCGAAUGGAUUCUCUCAGGUGACGUAUGCCCGAAAGGCAGCAGGCGUUGCCGCGGUGGAAACCCUGAACGGCAAGAAGGCCGACAACAACCAAAUUCUUCGGGUGACAAUGCUGAAGGCGCCUAUUUUCCAUAGCGUGGCCAUCGUUCCGUCUCCACAUGUACCGAGCUCUAUUGCAGGACCAAUGAAGCUUUUGACAAGGGCCGUACAGGGAACUAUCACGAAUGCGGGCUCAAUCUACUCGAACCAAUUGAUGAUGGCCCAGCAGGUGCUGAAGAUGCAGCAGCACCGGGUGGCACAGCUUCAUCUAGAAGAACAGGAGAUGACUCUUCGUCGGAUUCAGGGAGUAACAGGACCUAUUCCAGGCCUGUCUUUGUCUGCUCUCCCUGUGUCUGUCCCUUCGCCUACGCUCCAAGAUCUGACGCAGAGCCUUGCUCGGGAGGAUCACAACAACAGCGGGUUGCUUUGA